AUGGAUUUCAAAACCAUAAUACGUGAUCAAAGUGGAAUUAAUGCGUCACAAUUUUUCAAAGCCAUUAGUAUAUGGCGUCGUAAUCCUCAAACUGUAAACCGUAGAAUUCUUGCAUCUAUUGAAAUACUGGAUAUCGAAACUAGCUGCGAUAUCUUCCAAAUUUUUCAGCGUAUUAAUACCCUGGAUAUUUCAACUUUAAGUACAGAUCAUCAAACAGACAACAUUGAUAACAUAAAAUUACUAGAAGUACUGCACAUUUCUGAUCAGGUGGCUGUUACAGCCAAAAGGAAGAUUCACUUAUAUGUGGCAAAACAGUUGCCACGUAUGCCACACAUAUUUUCCAGUGGUAUUGAAUUUCUUUUAUCCAAUAAUGAAGAGGGUUGCAUAAUAAAUGUCCACAAACCCUUUCUCUCGCAUAAACAGUCUCUUGGUGCUAAAAUAGCAUUUAUGUUACAACAAGGAACAGACGGUUAUACAUCCCUUAGUGUCUAUGGAGAGAAUAACAUUAUAUCCGAUUUCAGCAUUGAAUGGUUAAAGCAGAAACUUUUCCCAUGUAUCCUGAAAUGGGCAAGAAGCAGCGACUCAGAAAGAACAUCGAUCCCGUUGACUUCAUUGAAUCUCGUGUCAGCUGAAAAAUAUGCAAAAUUGUAUUGUAAGUUGAAGGAGAAAUAUGGUACGAAAUUGAUAAAGAACUGGCCUGAAAGUACAGAUCCAACGAAAUUUGUUUAUGAGGAUAUUGCAAUCGCUGCCUAUUUACUGUUAUUGUGGGAGAAUGAGAGAUUUGAAAAGAAAACUAAUAAUUUACAAUCGUUUCUCGAUUUGGGAUGCGGUAAUGGUUUACUCGUGCACAUCCUAUUUAACGAAGGUCACCGCGGAUUAGGAAUUGAUUUGCGAAGGAGGAAAAUAUGGGAUUUAUACCCACCUGAAACUCCAUUGCAAGUUUCUACCGUUGUUCCAUCGUCUACGACUGUAUAUCCGGAAGUAGACUGGAUCAUAGGAAACCAUUCAGACGAGUUAACACCAUGGAUUCCGAUAAUUGCUGCACGUAGCUCUAACAACUGUCGUUUCUUUUUAUUACCCUGUUGUCCAUAUGAACUUAAUGGCGCAAAGUAUCAAAGGUACUGUGCCUCGAAAAGUCAAUAUUCGGAGUACAUUGAUUAUGUGAGAAGUAUAUGCGUCCAGUGUGGUUUUACAACACAUCUUGAUAAAUUAAGAAUUCCCUCUACGAAACGAAUAUGCCUGAUUGGAUGGGAAAGAACGCCCGAAGGGGUUAAAGAACUCGAAGAUCGUAUUCAACAAAUGCUAAGUACAAAGACAACUUUGACUUGGCAAAAAUACGAAUUGAGUGAUAAAACAGUCGAUAGUGAAAUAGUUGAAGAAUGGACUUGUGACUUUAAGCCAAGAGACAAAGUGGAAAAAGUACGAAAUUGUACACAAUUAGACAAAACAUUAAUUGCAAAUAUUGUUGAUAUCGUAUCGAAUCAGUUGCUUCAUGAAGGUCGCAUUAUGACUAUCGAAGGAACACCCAAAAAACUUUGGAACGCUGGCAGAUGCCUUGAAUUACGUGAAAUAGCUGAAUCAAUUCCUAAAGAAGCUAUGAUACAUUUGCGAAAAGAAUGCGGAGGUCUUCAAACUUUACUAAAAAAUCAUAGCUAUAUAUUUCGUGUUACUCAAGGAAGGGUAGAAUUUAGAAUACCUGGAACAGGAGGAAGAAUUAAUGAAAAAUCAAAAAAAUAUAAGUUACCAUUGCCAUGCACGAAGACUAAACCCUGUUGGUUUUAUAAAAAUCAUCCGAAUGGUUGUCCUGUAACUGAAACAAAAUGUAAUUACAAACAUUAAUAUGAUACCUUGAUCAAA